AUGUUAACUCAUCAUCGUCAAACAAAUUUCAAACAACAAUUACAUUCUGAUCAUGAUCUUACGGAAUUAUCAUGGUUAACACAAUCAGAUAUAUUCGAUCGAUUAUCAUCAACACGUCAAACAACACCAAUACUUAGUCGAAGUUUACCGAUAUACAAUAUAAACAAAGAAGAUAUAUCUCGUCAUCAUCAUCGUUCAUCUCGAACAAGUCUUGUUGAUUCAUCUGAUAGUGAACAUGAUAAUGAUUCUUCAUCAUUAAAUUCUUCAAGUGAACGUGUAACAACAAAUUUAACUGAUAUUGUUUCUCCUCCACAUUCAGCAUUAUGUUUUUGGAUAUUAUUUGCUAUUGAAGAAUCAAAAACACAUUCAUUAACAUUAAAUGAAAUAUGUGAUUGGAUUGAACAUCAUAUUGAACAACAACAACGAUUAAAAACAACGAUAAAUCCAUUAUCUAUUGAUGAACAAUUAAUUCGUAAUGCUCGUUUAAAAAGUAAAAUACGUUAUCAUAUGACAAAACAGAUCUCAUUUUUUGUUAAAAUAAUUAAAGAUCCAAUUAGUGGAACGAAAUUACGUUAUCCAUUAUGGACAACUGAUCGUUCAAAACGUUUAUUAUUACUUGAUACAUUAUUAACAAUGAAUACACGACAAUUAUCAUUAUAUACACAAUAUACAAUGGAUAUUUAUGAACGUUUAUGUUUAGAAAGACGACAAACUUUAAUACGUAAUACAAAUGAUGAAAAUAGUUGUCCAAUAUUAUUAUUAAAUAAUCGAAAACGUGAUAAAACUAUACAUCGUCUUACAUCAACAGAAGAAUCCAAUACGAAUAAUAAACGAAAAAAACAACGUUCAAAAAAUGACUCAUCAAUUCUUUCUAUUCCUAGUGUAGAAGUUGUUGAUGCUGCUAUGACAUUAUUACUUUUACGACAACCGAAAUGA